AUGAUUAAGUUAUUAAUAUUAAUAUUAGCUGCUACCCCUUUGUCCCUCUACGAAAAAACACACGUCACCACAUAUCCGGUGAUGGGGUGCCAGAUUUCUGUGGGCACAACAGCUUCGCGGAGGAGCAAGGGUCUCAAUGCCACACGAAGUGGGGUUGAUGGGGCACUCACUUCAGGAACUGUAGAUGGUCGUGAUCCGAAAAGCACUGGCGCUGACAACUCAGUGAGCCUUGCUUACGCCGUGCCCGCGGUGAAACCGGUGACGUACAACGACUACCGUGGUUUUCAGGUGACUAUGGUCAACGGAACGCUCGCUAAGAUCAACAACAUAUGCCGUUGGCUUGAUACUGCUCUUGAUAAGCGGGAAAAAAAUGGCGGCUGGUGUAUGGACGUGCUCGCCGAGUCAGUCUCGUCCGGCAAGAUGGAAACUAGUUUCUAUUGUGAAAGCAUUGUCCAAGCUUCUCACCACGUUACCCAUUACUGUGGCCAAGAGAGGGCUAACGGUGUUGAAUACUUUGCAGAGGUACACUCACAGCAGGUAUUCGAAAAAUCCGCCGUUUCAAGGACCUUCGAUUGUCCCAGCGCAAAGUUCGUUUAUAACAGUAGAUUUGAGGAGAUCCCGAGACAGUCCGAUAUAACGACGACCCAACUCAACAAGGAGACGUCAGAUAGUGGCAUUCCAAAUGGGCGAGAAGCCAUGAUACGGUACUCGCCAACGUCUUCAGAGGACGGAGGUAGAUUAAACGAGGAAAGUGAGCGAGGCGAUGAGGGUGAAGGUAAUGAAUGA